UUUUUUUCUUUUUUUUUUACUAUUUUCCUAAAUGCAUUACAAUCCUAAAUAUCAUGUUACUAUUGAAGAUUAUCCUGAAGAAGAAGAUGAGAAGCUUUAUCAGAGACAACAACAACAACAUGCAUACUCUGCUACUAGUAUAACUGAUGAUAACUUGAAAAACUAUCAAACUGACGAUAUGGGUAUUGAUUCAUUAGCUAGAGGCAGUAAAAGACAAGCAUGGGAAGAAGUAGAUGCUUUAGAGGAACAAGCCAGAUCUGAAAAGAUACAAGACCAGAAUACAGCCAAAGCAAACGCGACUGAAGCUGCACGUAUCAUAAAAGAAGCUCAACGAUAAAAUCCUGGAUAUUGAAGCAUAAUAAUAAAGUUUAUUUAGUUUUAAACAUUAUAAGUAAACUUGCCAAUUUUUUUUUUCAUUCAUUUUAGUAGUUUAUAAC